CUCUCUGCGACCCUUCUCUUCUCUUUAGUUCCUAAGCUAAGACAGUGACAUUCUCGACCUCACUUGCCUUCAUCCUUUCCCUCAACGCUGUCCUCUCUGACACUUUCUUCUUGAUAUUGGGAUGUAAGAGCUAGCUAGUGUUCUAGAAGGGUGUGGGAGAUCGUUCGUGUACACCAGUAGGCUCCGUCGCGCUGACUGCAUGGCCCCUGGCUAUUGCUGCUGCUGCUGCUGCUCGUUGUCGCCAGCAUGAUUCUCGUUGCUUUUUCCCGCCCGGCGCUGGUCGCUAAUCAUGGAUAUGGACCACUUCGUACCACCCAACAUCUGACACGCAGAGCUGUCUCGCGUUUCCUAGAUUUAACGCCUCCCGCUGCCGCAACCGCCCCGGUUGCCCUGAACAUCUGCCGCCAAUGGAACAGUACUCAUGCGAAGCAACCUACCGUGCUGCCAGCGGUGCAGGCCAAGCAGCGCUUCGUCGUCCGCUCGACUCCUGAAGCCAGAAUCAUUCCAGUCACCUCGUACUCAACUGUAGCUGAACCUUCGUCUGUACCUUAUGCUAAUCUCACCGUCGGCAUCCCGCGCGAGACGUUUGCUAAUGAACGCCGGGUCGCAAUUUCGCCUCAAAAUGUAGCUCUUCUGAAAAAGAAGGGCUUUGGAAAGGUUAUCAUCGAAAAAGGCGCCGGUGUUGAAGCUGACUUUCUCGAUGAAGCAUACGAGAAGGCCGGGGCUACCAUUGUUGGCCCCGGCGCUGUCUGGGGCGCAGCUGACAUUGUUCUGAAAGUUCGUGGUCCAAACCUAACGGAAAUUGAUCGCAUGAAGGAAAAUGCAACAGUCAUCUCGUUCCUGCAGCCAGCCCAAAACAAGGACAUCGUUGAGCGCCUUGCAGCACGCAAGGUGACCUCGUUCGCUAUGGAUAUGGUUCCACGCAUCUCACGUGCUCAGGUCUUUGACGCACUGAGUUCUAUGGCCAAUAUUGCUGGCUAUAAAGCUGUACUCGAAGCUUCAAAUAACUUUGGUCGCUUUUUGACAGGUCAGGUCACUGCUGCAGGAAAAAUUCCACCAUGCAAGGUCUUGGUCAUUGGUGCUGGUGUCGCCGGACUGAGCGCGAUCGCUACCGCCAGGAGGAUGGGUGCGAUCGUUCGGGGUUUCGAUACCCGAUCUGCCGCUCGUGAACAGGUGCAGUCUCUCGGCGCCGAGUUUAUCGAAGUUGAAAUUGAAGAAGACGGUUCCGGAGCUGGUGGAUACGCCAAAGAAAUGUCCCCCGAAUUCAUUGCAGCAGAAAUGAAGUUAUUCAAGGAGCAAGCCCAGGACGUUGAUAUCAUCAUCACUACUGCAUUGAUUCCCGGCCGACCUGCACCCAAACUGAUCACUAAGGAUAUGCUUGAUGUAAUGAAACCUGGCUCUGUAGUUGUGGAUCUAGCUGCCGAAGCAGGUGGCAACUGUGAGAAGACAGAAGCUGGUAAACUGGUCACAUACAAUGAUGUGAAAAUCAUCGGAUAUACUGAUCUACCAUCGAGACUACCUACGCAAUCCUCAACGCUGUACUCCAACAAUAUCGUGAAGCUGCUUCUUUCAAUGACGCCUCAGGAAAAGUCCUUCGGCAUUGAUCUGACCGAUGAGGUUGUUCGAGGUGCUAUUGUGACUCUUAAAGGUGACAUCUUACCUCCUGCGCCUCGACCGGCCCCGCCUCCUACUCCCGCUCCCAAAGCUGCCCCCAAGCCUGAAGAUGCGGCGGUUGCCUUGACCCCCUUCCAGAAGACAUCGCGAGAAAUUGCUGGUGUUACUGCUGGAAUGGGCACUGCCCUAGCUCUUGGUAAAAUGACAGGACCACUAUUCAUGGGAAAUGCUUUCACCUUUGCACUGGCCUCUCUGAUCGGGUACCGCGUCGUCUGGGGUGUCACACCUGCUCUCCAUUCACCGUUGAUGAGUGUCACGAAUGCCAUAUCUGGAAUGGUUGGCAUUGGUGGUUUUUUCGUCAUGGGAGGUGGAUAUCUCCCAGAGACUAUUCCUCAGGUUCUCGGCGCUGCAUCCGUUCUCCUAGCCUUUGUCAACGUGUCUGGCGGGUUUGUCAUUACGAAACGAAUGCUGGACAUGUUCAAGAGACCGACGGACCCUCCUGAAUACCCUUGGCUGUGGGCUAUACCGGGUGUCCUCUUUGGCGGCGGCUUCCUUGCAGCUGCCUCUACCGGUGCUGCUGGACUCGUACAAGCGGGAUACCUCGUAAGCUCUGUACUGUGCAUCAGUUCACUCUCCGGGCUGGCCACUCAAGCUACUGCGCGAAUGGGCAAUUUGCUCGGUAUUCUUGGUGUAGGUUCAGGUGUAUUGGCUUCAUUGCUAGCUGUCGGCUUCAGCCCAGAGGUUCUCACUCAGUUCGGAGCCCUCGCUACGAUUGGUAGUAUUCUCGGCUUCGUUAUUGGCAAACGCAUUACACCCACGGAUCUUCCCCAGACUGUUGCUGCUCUUCACUCAGUUGUCGGCCUAGCGGCAGUGUUGACUUCUAUUGGAAGUGUGAUGGGAGGCCUCGACCAUGUCACCACUCUGCAUCUAGUAACAGCUUAUCUCGGAGUUCUGAUAGGUGGUAUCACUUUUACUGGAAGUCUCGUCGCCUUCAUGAAACUGGCUGGGAAGAUGUCCUCCAAACCUCUUAUGCUUCCAGGGAGACACUUCCUCAAUUCGGGCAUGCUCGCCACCAAUGUCGCAACGAUGGGUGCCUUUGUUACUAUGGCGCCCGGCUCUCCCAUGAUCGCCGCUUGUGCACUGGGGGCCAACACGAUACUCUCUUUUGCCAAGGGAUAUACUACAACAGCCGCCAUAGGUGGAGCUGACAUGCCCGUCGUCAUUACUGUUCUCAACGCAUACAGCGGUUUUGCUCUGGUAGCUGAAGGUUUCAUGCUCGAGAAUCCUCUCCUAACCUCGGUUGGUGCCCUCAUUGGCGUAUCCGGAUCUAUUCUUUCGUACAUAAUGUGUGUUGCGAUGAACCGAUCGCUUACGAAUGUCUUGUUUGGCGGCAUAUCAGCACCUACGACAACUGACUACAAGGUCGAAGGCACAGUAGUACAGACCAACGUUGACGAGACGGCAGAGGCACUCAUUAACGCCGAGAACGUGAUCAUCGUGGUAGGAUACGGUAUGGCGGUGGCUAAAGCACAGUACGCCAUUAGUGAGAUCACCAAGAUGCUGCGAUCCAAGGGAAUCAACGUGCGAUUUGCUAUCCACCCGGUCGCAGGUCGUAUGCCGGGGCAGUGCAACGUGCUCCUCGCUGAAGCAAGUGUCCCCUAUGACAUCGUGCUGGAAAUGGACGAAAUCAACGACGAUUUUAACGAUACAGAUGUCACACUCGUCAUUGGUGCUAACGAUACUGUCAACCCUAUUGCCCUCGAACCCGGUAGCCCUAUCGCUGGCAUGCCUGUUCUCCAUGCUUGGAAGAGCAAGCAAGUGAUUGUCAUGAAGAGAGGAAUGGCUUCUGGUUACGCUGAUGUACCGAACCCCAUGUUCUACAUGCCGGGAACGAAGAUGCUUUUCGGAGAUGCGAAGGUUACUUGCGAUGCUAUCAAAUCUGCUGUUGAAUCUCGUACAUGAUAGAUCCCUAGACUAGACCGUGCUUUUCUGCAUACGGCAUCGUUCCAAGCUUGCGAUCUUGAGGGAUUUUUCUUUUGAAUUCUAGAGACCUCCGUUAUAAUCAUAUAGUCGUGCUGCAUCUUAGACUUUAUCUUUAUGACUCGGUUUCUGUUCAUUUAGUCUGCGCUGUUUCUCUUUCUAUUGUGAAGGAAUGGACUGUGUUUGAGGAGGUUGAUGAUGGCUGGGUGAUGUUUUGCUUAGAAAUCCGUGAUAGGGUGGGUGGUAUUUGAAUGGACUCGGUAUAUAGCAAGUGUUCAGUUGGCGGCUUUUCUUAGCUAGAGUCAAUUGGUGCUAUAUUAUAUACCGGAUGUUAUAUCCUUCGUAUAUCAUUCGUGCUCAAGUCGUCAACAGUAAACUGCCGUGAUAUUUAGUGUUGUUGCGACAUACCGGUAUAUAAUUAGUCGAGUAAUUUAACGAUUGUAUAAUUCGGA